UCUUCUUUAACUCUACUCUCUCUCUCUUCUUUCUCUCUCUACUGUAUAUAAACAUUUUUAUAACAUAAAAUGCCUGCUCAAGUCAUGCCUGAUCAAAGCCUUCAUGGCAUUCCUCUCUUGUCUAGAGACAACAGCAAUCCUCCUUCACCCAGAAGAUUGGAAGGCAAGGUGGCUAUAGUGACCGGAGGAGCAAGAGGUAUUGGAGAAGCAACGGUAAGAUUAUUCGCCAAACACGGUGCAAAAGUAGUAAUCGCCGACGUAGAAGACACACCGGGAACAAUUCUAGCCAACUCAUUAUCACCAUCCGUAACAUUUUUUCACUGCGACGUCAGUCAAGAAGAAGACGUCGAGAAUCUAAUCAACUCAACAAUUUCUCACUACGGCCGGUUAGAUAUUAUGUUCAACAAUGCCGGAGUUCUCGGAAACCAACCCAAAAACAAAAGCAUUCUCAACUUCGAUCCGGACGAGUUCGACCGAGUCAUGCGAGUGAACGUAAAAGGCGUCGCUCUAGGAAUCAAACACGCAGCUCGAGUCAUGAUUCCACGAGGAGUCGGAUGCAUAAUCUCCACGGCGAGUGUCGCCGGAGUUAUGGGCGGGUUAGGUCCUCACGCUUAUACAGCUUCAAAACAUGCAAUCGUCGGAUUAACAAAGAACACGGCGUGUGAACUCGGUCGGUAUGGGAUUAGGGUUAACUGCAUUUCGCCGUUUGGGGUGGCGACGAGUAUGCUUAUUAAUGCAUGGAGAAGCGGCGAUGAAGCGGAAAGCGGCGACGGCGACGAUGAUUUUAUGAGUUUUGGGUUGCCGAGUGAGCAUGAAGUUGAAAAAACAGAGGAAUUUGUGAGAGGGUUGGCUAAUUUGAAGGGUCCGACGUUAAGAGCUAAAGAUAUUGCUGAAGCUGCUCUGUAUCUUGGUAGUGAUGAAUCUAAGUAUAUUAGUGGUCAUAAUCUUGUGGUUGAUGGUGGAAUUACUACAUCAAGAAAUUGUAUUGGUUUGUAAUUUUUUAUUUUUUAUUUUGGAUUUUUUCCUAAAUUAUUGUGAAAGGCCCAAAUGUAAAGAUUUUUUUCAAUAAUUUAGGGUAUGAAAUUUCUA